GCUGGAGCAGGGGAGGUUGACUUCGAUCGCAAUCGAGAAUUAGCAAGUUGGAAGAAUACCAAAAACCAUUGUCGACCGUCGAUCAAAGACUUGUACAACAGCUUAAUAUUCGUUGGUUAAAGCUGACAAGUACAGACUAGUCUCAGAAAAAUAAAAUAUCCCAUCGUCAUUCGUCAUGUCUGCCCCAGUCAUGGUCAUGAAUGCUGCGGCCCCACAACGCCAGACUGGUCGAAAGGCCCAAAUCUCUAAUAUCACCGCUGCGAAGACCGUCGCGGAUGUGAUCAGGACGUGUUUAGGUCCCAAGGCCAUGUUAAAAAUGAUCUUAGACCCCAUGGGUGGUAUCCUGUUAACCAACGACGGGAACGCAAUUCUCCGAGAAAUCGAAGUGGCCCACCCUGCCGCCAAGUCUAUGAUCGAGCUAAGUAGGACGCAGGAUGAAGAAUGCGGUGAUGGUACAACAUCAAUCAUCAUCCUCGCUGGGGAAAUCCUUGCCUCUGCUCUCCCCCAUCUGGAACGUAAUAUCCAUCCCGUCGUCAUCAUACGCGCUUUCAAACGUGCUCUCGCCGAGGCUCUUAGCAUCAUCGACCGAAUAUGUAUCACCGUCGAUGUCACGAAUGACGCUGAAAUGUUGAAGCUGAUCAAGACUUCGAUAGGCACCAAGUUCAGUAGCCGAUGGAGUCCCAUGAUGUGCAAGCUAGCUUUACAGGCAGUCCGAGUCGUCAGUACCGAGGAGAAUGGUCGUAAAGAGGUGGACAUCAAACGAUAUGCUCGAGUCGAGAAGAUUCCGGGCGGAGCAAUUGAAGACAGUCGUGUAUUGGACGGUGUUAUGUUGAACAAAGAUAUCACUCACCCUAAGAUGAGAAGAAGAAUCGAAAACCCUCGGAUCAUCCUUCUCGAUUGUCCUCUCGAGUACAAGAAGGGAGAAAGUCAGACAAACAUUGAACUCGCCAAAGAAGGACAGUACGAGCGCUUCCUGGAGAUUGAAGAAGAGCAAAUCAAGGCCAGUUGUGAAAAGAUCAUACAAUUCAAGCCUGAUCUCGUAUUUUGUGAGAAGGGUGUUUCAGAUCUUGCUCAGCAUUUCUUCUUGAAAGCCAAUGUCUCUGCCAUACGGAGGGUUCGAAAAUCAGACAAUAACCGAAUUGCUCGAGCGACUGGAGCCACGAUUGUCAAUCGAGUCGAAGAUCUCAGAGAUACUGACGUUGGGACGCAAUGCGGUCUAUUUCACGUGGAAAAAAUUGCUGAUGACUAUUUCACGUUUCUUACGGGCUGUGAAGACCCGAAAGCCUGUACUAUCAUGCUUCGUGGUCCUUCCAAGGAUAUCAUCAACGAGAUUGACCGAAACCUGGCAGAUGCUAUGGCGGUUGCUCGUAAUGUCGUCUUCGACCCACGUCUUGCACCAGGGGGUGGGGCUACUGAGAUGGCAAUCUCAGUAGGACUGGCCGCGAAGUCAAAGACCAUUGAAGGGGUCGAAGGUUGGCCCUUCAAAACUGUGGGAGAAGCUAUGGAGGUGAUCCCAAGGACAUUGAUUCAAAACUGUGGUGGAAACACUAUUCGAACUUUGACCGAGCUGCGAGCUAAGCACGCCAAUGGUGAGCACGAAUAUGGAGUGGAUGGUGAUACCGGCAAGAUAACAGACAUGAAAACAAUCGGAUUGUACGAAUCGGCAGCUGUGAAAGUUCAGAUCAUGAAAACCGCUGUCGAAUCUGCAUGCUUGUUACUCCGAGUUGACGAUAUCGUCUCUGCCAAACGUCCUCGAAGACAGGAUGGUGGUGGUGCGCCGCAGACUAUGGGCCGCGGGUGAUGGAGGCGAUGGACCAGAGCAAUAAAGCAAUUAACCUUUGACCUCGGAUACAACCGUUGACACAACUUAUGAGGCCAAGUCUUGUACAACUUUAUAGCGGUAGAAGAAACACGAAAGUUGAAAAAUAUCAAAUUUUGCUCAUGUCGUAUUGUCAAGUUUUAGAAUCGGUGAUUUUCAUUCCAUCUCACACCACCGUCGUCAGUCUUGAUAGUAGCACAUACAACUGUCUCGUCCCACAGUCGAGUAACUAUUUGUAUGUGACAUAUGAAUGGACAACAUCAAAACGCAGCCAUGGUGAUACAAGAUUUCCGCAUUAAAAGUAAAAAGCAAUGAUUCAGUCCGUAACGUCAGUGGAUGCAAAUGUUUGGCGGUCCACAUAGAAAUGACU